UGAUCCCAGAGAUAAUUUAUUUUAAAGAUAUUUCCACAAGAAAAUAUACAGUUUGGUGAUCUGCUUGUAACCGUGAGCAAGUCUACUGAUGUGCAGACACUGUACACAGGAGGUGUACCACACACUUUUUAAAUAUUCAGUUUAAAUUGGGCUAGAUAACAUUACUACAUUAGCAAUAAUUUUCAGUUUCCUCUCAACGAAUGCAAAUAGGGAAAGAUUAGGUAAAAAGAAGAGCACAUUACUUGGUUAACGUUUUAAAAUCAUUCUAAUAUACAGGAACUCGAGAAAAAUACUCAAAUAUUAUUAUAGCUAAAGCCAAAUCCAUGUGCAGGUAGUUUCUGCAUUAAAGGGAGAACUUUUAAUCUGAUUUUUAAAAAGACCCCAAGGAUUAAGGGUAUUAAUUAUCUUACUCAAAUGCAAGUUAGUGAAUUUGUUUUAGAAAGUUCCAUCUAGUUCACUAAUUGAUGGAUGACCACUAAUACACCUGUAUUUGCAUUUUAGUGGUAAAAAAGACAAGGAGGGUUUUUAGCAAGAGGGCCACUUUGCCAAGUCUUUUCAAAAUGUCAAUAUGCUUCAAGUAAUACCAAAGCUGAGAGAUUCCUCUUCAUUUCCAAACUGCCUAGGUGGCCCGAGUGGUUGUCUGCGGCAGCAGCCUUCUACCUUUCGUUUGUGUGCCUAUAUCCAUAAGGGGGGAUUAAUUAGCCGGGCUGGAGCUGAAGGCGGCUGUCGUGACGAGCCCAGUGGCGAUUGGCCGCCUGCCUGCCUGGCCCUGCCUUUAUAAUUUCCACACGAGUGAUUCUGGGCUCUUAGACAAACCAACACCAGCUUCUUCUGACAUAUACACAUGCACACUCACCCCGAUGCACACACACCACACUUUUCUUCCAUCUGAUUAACAGUCCUGCACACACAAUGACUGCAGGAAAGCGUAAAUAAAUACGGAAAGGGGUGAUUAUUUUGACUACUGGAAGAGCUUUGCUGAGUCUCAGCACAACUUUUGUUUUUAUUACUGAGAAGGUGAUUUCUCCAUGCGUUUCUUUCACACAAGGAUUCUUUAAAAGAGGAAGAGGAGAGGGGGGAGGAAAAUCUUUCACUUUAUGACCGCCUGGGCUCAAAGAUAAAAGGAAGGGGAAAGCGGCGGCAGCGGAGAAGUCACUGCUGCAGUACUUCGGAGAGACACUUUUGAUACAUUUCUGAGCGCUGCGGCCCGUUUCUCCACCGAAGUUGGCUCCAGCUCUAGCAGCCGCAUUGGAUCCCACAGCUUACUGCGAGACUCCGGUGUACAAUCCGGAUCUCUGCCCCAACAUGAUCGCGGCCCAGGCCAAGUUGGUCUACCAUCUGAAUAAGUACUACAAUGAGAAAUGCCAAGCCAGGAAAGCUGCCAUUGCCAAAACUAUCCGGGAAGUCUGCAAAGUAGUUUCCGAUGUACUCAAGGAGGUAGAAGUGCAGGAGCCCCGGUUCAUCAGCUCUCUCAACGAGAUGGACAAUCGCUACGAGGGUCUCGAGGUCAUCUCCCCCACCGAGUUUGAAGUGGUGCUUUAUCUUAACCAAAUGGGGGUGUUCAACUUCGUGGACGACGGCUCGCUGCCCGGCUGCGCGGUGCUGAAGUUGAGCGACGGGCGCAAGAGGAGCAUGUCUCUCUGGGUGGAAUUCAUUACCGCCUCUGGCUACCUCUCGGCGCGCAAAAUCCGGUCCAGGUUUCAGACGCUGGUGGCUCAAGCGGUGGAUAAAUGUAGCUACAGGGAUGUGGUAAAGAUGGUGGCUGACACCAGCGAAGUGAAACUGAGAAUCCGAGACAGGUACGUGGUGCAGAUCACUCCGGCUUUUAAAUGCACCGGGAUCUGGCCAAGGAGUGCUGCCCACUGGCCACUUCCCCACAUCCCCUGGCCAGGACCCAACCGAGUGGCAGAGGUCAAAGCAGAAGGGUUCAACCUCUUGUCCAAGGAGUGCCACUCCCUGGCCGGCAAGCAGAGCUCGGCUGAGAGCGACGCCUGGGUGCUGCAGUUCGCGGAAGCAGAGAACAGACUGCAGAUGGGAGGCUGCAGAAAGAAAUGCCUCUCCAUUCUCAAAACCUUGCGGGAUCGACACCUGGAGCUGCCGGGGCAGCCCCUCAACAAUUACCACAUGAAGACUUUGGUUUCCUACGAGUGUGAAAAGCACCCUCGGGAGUCGGACUGGGACGAGUCUUGCCUGGGUGAUCGGCUGAAUGGGAUUUUGCUGCAACUCAUCUCCUGCCUGCAGUGCCGGCGGUGUCCCCACUACUUCCUACCGAACUUAGAUCUGUUUCAAGGCAAACCUCACUCAGCUCUGGAAAACGCUGCCAAACAGACGUGGCGACUGGCAAGAGAGAUCCUGACCAACCCUAAAAGUUUGGAAAAACUCUAAGAGGAUGAUCUAGCUAAGAGCCGAAAUGAUUUCUCUUCUCCAAGUCCUAAAUAAAUGAAAACUUACAGCUUGAUUCCUAAUAUCUCAUUUGACAGUGCAAAUGAUCUCUUCCUUUAAAAGGAGUAAUAUAAUGUUUAGACAUCAUCUCACCUUCCCCUGCAAGGGGAACAAAUAGAAAAAUGGAGAGUGAUAGAGACAAACCCAAACCUGCAAGGUAUUAGUGCAAAAUACACGGCAACACCCGGAACACAGCCCCGACAAAAUGGUAAUGCAAGCCCUCGGGAACAUUCUGCCUACCAGAGGAUUAUAGCAAUCCUGGUGAUUUAGGUGCAUCUGCCUGUGAGUAAACAAGAUUUGGAUAUGUCAUCUGAAGGAAAGUGUAAUGUAUAUUUUGAUGUGUAACAAAUAUUGUGAUCUCACAUUGUCUUUAAAAGUGUGGAUGUUGGUGUUUUGUGAUUUGGUGAACAGAACUUAAAUUGCCAUUUUGGAUACUUCCAGACAUUUUCCACUAACAAAGAUACCACUUAAAGGUAGAUUUACUCCUGGUACUUUUCUCUGUCUUUGAAAGUGUCUGAACUUUAAAAAGUUUACAUUUUGUUUCAAAUAUAUUGCUUGUUCUAUUUCUAACAUUCCAUAAAUAUACUUGAAAUGUUAUUUAAAAUAUAUUCAAAGAAAUUUGAAUUCAGCUUAUAUAAUAACGCUUGAAUAUCUGAAUUAUAUAUUUGAAAAAUGCACUUGAAAUACACUGGAUAAUUACUUUUGUGAUUUAGAUUUUAAUUUCUGUUGCUGGUUUUUAUUUAAUUAGAUGCUAAUAAAUGAAGUAAAAUACAAGUUGUGUCUGAAUUUAAAUUGUUUUUCUAUCAAAAGAUAGAAUUCUUUCCUUUGAAAAUGAACUGCACUUAAAUGUGUUAAAUAUUAUGAAAAAUAUGCUAAUGAAACAAAAAUAAAUCUUAAAAUAUCUCAAAGCUCUUUUUAUACAACUACAGAAGAUAAGUCAUCUCUUCUCAGUUUCUUACUUGUAAGACUUCCUUUUUGCAACCCACACAGUUUAAAUCUACCUAUGAGUGUUUGCUCUUCUGGUUAAUAUUAAUGUAGCAUUUUUGAUAACAGGAAAAUUCUAUCAUUAUGGUAAAAAAUGUUAGAAAUCUGUCUAACUCAAAGAAAAUGAGCUUAAAAUUAUAAUAAGAUUUUUGAUGUGUAUAUAAAAAUUAAGCUAAUAAAUGAAGAUUAUUUCUGACCAAUAUAUUUUAUACCAAAUGCUAUUUUAGGCAAUAAGUAGCAGAAUAAAUUAGUCAGAAAACCAAAAUUUCUUUUUCCAUAGGAUAAACUCAUGAUACAACCUACAGAUAGGCUUUUGAUUAUUUAAAAUUAAGCACUUCAAGCCCAUUUUUAAAAAAUCAUUCCUUUUGGAGCUAGAAGUGAAAGAAGUGUUUUGGAGUAUUUUAAUAGUCAACAAGUGCUGAAAGGACUGGUCAUUGAAGGGCCUUCAGUUAAUUCAGGUGGAGGUAACUUUCAACUCUUCAUUACUCUUCUAUAAUGCUUUGUUUAUAUAAAUUAAAUACAUACAAUAAAAUUCUGGGUCUGUGGGCAUAUUUGACAGUUUUUGAAUGUCUAAGUCUGAAAACAUGUUAAAGGAAGAUCUUUGCAAAAUGAUACUACAAUAUCUGAUAUCUAAUGAUCUUGAAUUCUUAACUUCAGGAGAAAAGUUUACAGAUUCCACAAUAACAUUAAAGUUAGAACAUUAAAGUGGAUCUUGGAAGGCAAUGUUGAGGUGCAGAACUGCUCUAGUGGUGGGAUGAUUAAGAUCUGUAAGAUAAUAUUAAAUAAAUAUUUGUGCAUUUCA